CAACGAAGGACUACGGAGAAGGAAGGCACACACCACAACACAACCAGACUUUCACCCACUGCAAGACUGUGUCAGCUGGCCAAGCCCACCUGUGCACCACCGUUCUCGUCUUCGAACACGCCCACCACCCCGAUGUGGUACGACCAAGCUCGCUUUCCGAGGUCUCGAUGGUUACUAGGACAGGAUGACAGGCUCAGCAACCGGCGCCGCUGUGGCGGUAUCGACGAGGGCGUCGCCAACAACAGCGGCAUCGAUAGACGUGGUUAUGGAGGGGACAUCGACAUCGACGUCGGCAUCAUCGUCAACACCAGCACAGACGACGGCGACGUCGACGACAGCUCCGAAUGCAACGACAAAUACGACAGCGGGGACUCCGACACAGACUGCAACGGGAGCAGCAGCCGCGGCAACCACCAUUGUCAGCGCGAGCAUGCUGGCAACGAUUGGCAGCACCCAUGGCAAUAGCAGUUAUGGCCGCGACCAGAGCCAGAGCCAGGGCCACAACCAGAACGCUAGCGGGGGCAGUUUCAGGGACAAGGGUCUCGAACCACGGGCGCGGUGCAGCCAAUGCGGGCGUCGGCGCACCGCAUGCCACCAUUUUCCACACCCACACCAGCAGGGCCUACAGGCUUCCCCGGCCUCCGCAAAUGCGACUGCAAACGCAAAUGCCGCUGCGGCGCCCCUGCACACGCGACCCCGCAGGGUCUCCAAGCUCAGACACCGCGCUGCCUUAACAGCCAAUGCCACCCAACAGCAGCAACACCAGCACCCAACAAAUGCAGCGGCGCCUGCCGUCAGCUUCUCUCAACACUCACCCUCCAGCAGCCCGGCGACGACGACAAGGACCGCGAGUAGGAAGAGGAGGACAUCGACGCCCCCCGACCCGGCCCCCGACUCCAGGGACUCGAGUGACUCCAGCAGCAGCAGCGCCGCAAUGGAUCCUCCCGUGCUCUCAUUUUACGGCAAGGAGCCGGUCCCGCUGCCCUCGCGCUUUGGCCAGAUCAAGCGCAGCCUCGUUGCCGGCCACGAGGCCGAGCUAGAGGCGUCCUGGGCCCGCUUGAUCACCGCCCUGCGCGAGCACGUCGACGAUAUUGCCUCGCGCGGGUCCUCUCUGACGCCGAGCAUCGACUUCGCCGACAUUCACAACCCUGAGGCCCGCGCCGCGUUCUCGCGCGACCUGAAGCGUUACGGCCUCGGUGUCGUGCGCGGGGUCGUGCCCCGCGCGGACGCGCAGGUCUCCAUCGACGAGACGGUCAAGUACCUCGAGAAGCAGACCGAGUUUAAGCGGCCGCCGCCCCAAGAUCCGACAUGCUUUGACUUCUUCUGGACUCCAGCACAGGUGCGCACCCGCGCCCACCCGCGCGUGCUCGAGGCGCAGCGGUUCGUUAUGUCGCUGUGGGACAACAAUGCCGACGACCGCAUGGCCAUCCGCUUCCCCAUUGCCUACGGAGACCGGCUGCGCAUCCACGGCGCCAAUAUCGGAAACGUAGGGCCCGACGCCGCCGCCGCCGCCGCCGCGAACGAUAACGACAGCAAAGCCGACGACGACCAAGAGGCCAGCGGUUCCCUCCCCGAUGCGGAGCUUGACGAUGACCUCGAGGCGCAGCAGGCCGCUGCCGAGCUGCUCGGAGAUUUCACCUCGUCCACCAUCAUUGCCCAGGUAGACAACGGCAGCUUGGAGCGCUGGGAGCCCGACGGAUAUGGACGCGGUGGCACGUACGAUGCCGUGUUCAAGGGCGAGUGGGAGAAGUACGAUCCCUGGGAUCCCACCCACCGCGUGACCGCCACGUCGGACCUUUACAAUGGUUAUGGCGCCUGCAGCAUCUUCCGCAUGUACCAGGGUAUGGUGGCGCUUAGCACUAUCGAGCCGGGCCUGAUCCGCCUGCUCCCUAGCCCCAAGCUGGCCACUGCCUACUUCCUCCUCCGGCCCUUCUUCUCCCCCAAGACGAAGCCGCCGGAGCGCCGCGAUGGCCCCGAGUGGGACGCAUUCCUCGACCCGUCCAACUGGGCCUUGGACAAGGAGCAGUCCACCAUCAUCCACGGCGCUGUUCCGGGCCACGCCCAGCGCCUAACUGAGCUGUGGCACCCGCACCUUCACCUCCGCCGCACCCUUCAGACCAUCCCCACGCUACAGACGGGUGACUACAUCGUCUGGCACCCGGACCUCGCCUACCACAUCACCUCGAACCCCAACGUCAUGGCCAGCCGCGCCCCGACCCCCCCGCCCGCCACGGCCGCCGGGGAGGAACCCGCCGGUCGCAACGGCCGGCCAGUCUCCAUACUUGUUUAUGUCCCCGCCGCGCCCCUCACCCAGACCAACGCGCUAUACCUCGCGCGCCAGCGCAAGACGUUCCAGCGCGGCCACCCAGGCCCGGACUUUGACUCCACCGGCAGCGGCCUAGGCAGCGAGGCCACGCACAUCGGCCGUCCUACGGAGACCGACAUCGCCGAGGUUGGCGGGCCAGCCGCCCUGCAGGCUAUGGGCCUCGCGCCAUUCGACGUCGCGCCCACCCCGCCGCAGUCUGCCGGUUCUUUAUCAUCAUCACCUCCUUCCGCCUCCGCUCCUGCCGGGGAGAAGGCGGGCAACGGAGGAGAAGAUGUGGAGAUGGCCGAUUCAGGUUCCGGUCCUGGGUCGGGCGUGGGGCCGAGUGCGAGUGGGGCUUCAUCCAUGACGCGGGCCGAGGCUGAGGUCGCCCGGAUGGCAAACAUCAUUCUGUUCCCAGACCGGUACGACUUCUACAUGGCCAAGAGGAAUAGCAGCGGGACCAAGAGGAGCAAGGUUCGGGUAGAGAGGCUCCUGAACCCGGUCGAUCCGCCAUCACCGCCUAAGGUGUCCAAGGAUAAGGGGACGACGACGACAGCGGUGGCGGCGGCCGAUGGGAAGAACUAAAGUUAAGUAAGAUUUGGACAGCCGGGAGUUUUUUAGGUUUUCUUGAUUUUUUUCUGUCUCUGCUCCCCUCCUCCACCCUAAACUUCUCGCUUUGUGAUGGAACGGACCAAAGACGGACUCGUUCCUUGGUCGUGCGUUUACAGGGUGUUAUAG